AUGCAUCUCUUCUUCAACUGUCCCUUCGCGAAGCAAGUGUGGAGCCAAAUCCCCUUUUUCAACCCAGUUCACCUAGCUGAGGAUUUGGACUUCAAGACAGCACUGGUGAGGCUGAGAUUAAGCAUAUGCCUCCCUCCAACUGGUCUCAAGAAUCCCAUCAUCUCUUGGGUUUGUUGGUCACUAUGGCUUGCAAGAAACAAACUUAUCUUCGAGCAGUUUCAUCAAUCAGCUGCUGAAGUAGCCACAAGAAGCAUAACCGCCGCAAGAGAAUGGGAUCAGGCUCAACCUCUCUCAAGGAAAUCCAAGCAAGGCCUACCAUUCGCAACUUCCCAGGAACGCCGAGCCAAUACCCUAUCGAUCACCUCCACUCCAAUCUUCUGCAAGACUGACGCAGCCUGGAACUCAUCAACACGAAAGGCAGGAAUCGCUUGCGUAUUACACUGCCCCGACUCUCCAUCUCCCGAAUCGUUUUCCCUGCAGAUCGACAACGUCGCAUCCCCGCUCGUGGCAGAAGCCCUUGCUCUGCUCCAGGGUAUCGAGAAGGCAAUCAAAUCGGAGAUUACAAGCAUAACUUUCCUCUCCGACUGCUCAACGCUCAUCAGAGCAAUCAACGGCAAGGCUCCGAUGAAGGAGAUCUACGGCGUUCUCACUGAUAUCGCCUUCCUCUCCUCCGCCUUUGCAUGUAUCUCUUUCAAGCACAUCUCCCGUUCUCAGAACGAAGAUGCUGACUCUCUAGCGAAAUGGGCCCUUAAGGCCGACUCCUCUUCUGUUUCAUCUUUUGAUUUUUCUGUAUUGGGCCGUUGGGCCUAG